GGGAGUGACCAGAUCCUACAAUAUAUAUUCAGCAGUCAGUCACAUGUUAACUGUGUUGUGUCAGUGUAUGGCUGUCAGCAUGCUUUACAGUCUGCAGCACGCAAUACAUGUCUUUGGUUUUGCAUGCGUAAAUGUUGUUUCUGUGUGUGUGUGGUUGUUUCUGUGUGUGUGUGGUUGUUUCUGUGUGUGCAUGCGUGUGUCUGUCCUGUCGUGUCCCACCCCAGGCCAGGGUGGAGAAUGAGAUACUAGACUAUAAGGACUUGGCUGCGCUGCCUAAGGUCAAGGCCAUAUACGAGGUCCAGCCACAUGACCUCAUAUCAUCCUACCAGUCCCAGCAUCAURCUACCAUAUCAUCCUACCAGCCCUACCCCAGAUACUCCUCAGAUGACAUAGAGYCCUUCAGCUAUGGAGAGUCACCUGGGACUCUCUAUUCUCAGAAGCUGUAUUACAGAUAAGACAGAAGACAGAGACAGU